AUGUCGACUGCCCAAGACCCCGGACGACCCCUGGAGGAUCAUCUUCGGAAUCUUAUUCUCAGCAACAACGAGACUUCAGAUGUCUCCGGCAAGUUGCCUGGCUCUGCCGGUGAUGAUUUGAACCGCACCGAGGAUCUAGCAGCUGCGAACAAGGGGCCUAAAAAACGGCCUAACCAGGCUCAACGACGACAGAUGAAGUCACAGCUGACCAUUCCCAUCGACCCCAGAGCAACCGGUCAGCAGCCUGCGAGACCGAAUGUCACCUCAUCUAAUUUCAACUCACGGGGGGGCCGCGGUUAUCAUCACAGCGCCUCCUCUCGUCAUCAGCCAGCUGGUUUUCAUGGGGGUCCCCAGGGCCACUUGUCAGCCGGCCAGCGUCCGCAGGGCCAGGGGCCAGGCCGGCAGCAGUAUAAUCGUGGCUACAACGCGGCUCCAUCUCCGACUCAGACGCAUCAGCACGCUUGGGAACGCCAAUAUCACCCGCACGCUGGGCAGUCCCCUCAAGGGGCGAAUACGCAGCAGUCAGAUACGUUUGCGCCAAGGCCCUCACGGAACGCUCAUGGGUCUCUCUACAACCCCGGUGGCUAUAGACAGUAUGUCGUAAGGCCAGAGGAGCUGGCUGCACAAACUGAGCUAUUGGAACACUUAUGUGCACGAGUCGUCGAGGGUGCUGAGAUUGAGCAUGGGGAGAUCGUGGAAAAGGAGACAUUCCGGGUCUACGUCGAGCAGAUCUGCCGCAGUGUUGUUUCGGACUACGAAAUCAACGUCAACGGCGCUUCCAGGUUUGAACCCUUAAGUGUCCAGCUCAGGUGCUUCGGAAGUCUCGCUUCAGGCUUUGCUACCAAGGCUGCUGAUAUGGACCUGGGUCUCCUGUCGCCUGCCUCGGCCAUUCCCGCAGAUUCGCCACAGUCCCAUCUCCCGAGACUCAUUGAAAAGGCGCUUCUCAAUGCUGGAUUUGGCGCCCGUCUCCUCACCCGGACAAGAAUACCCAUCAUCAAAUUAUGCGAAAAACCUACUGAGAAACUCAGAGAGGACCUUCUUCAUGAACGAUCAAAAUGGGAAAUGGGGUUAACAGAUGAUGAUCUUGAACAAGGCGAAGAUGAGACCGGUGCUGAUGACGAUGGUAACGGGGCUGCGGGGAGUGUACAGUCUAAACCCGACACCAAGACUGAACCAGGUCAUAGCUCUGGGCCCGGCAAUGAGAAGGCCACCAAAUCGCCACAACGGUUGCUAGCAUCAGUAAAGCAAUCCGAUAACCAGUCUCUACUCGCCUAUCACAACAACACGAAGAAGCUACUGAGGCAACUCGACGGUCGUGAUGUCACCCAUUCCAAUGUGGGGGUUUUCACGGACAGUGAUUACCUGCUCCUCGACGACAUUAGCAGGGCUUUCGUUGAUGGUCUCGACGACGAGGCCCUCAAGGGUCGCAUAAAGGCCCAUCCCUCGUUCUCUGCCGGGAGACAGGGCCCGAAUUACAGGACCCUGCAUGGAGUCUGUAACAUGGCGGAAGGAGAGAAACUGGUGAUGCUGUGGGAAACCAGAGCGAUACCUGAAGGGGAUGCACGUGCAGAGCAAUCCCACCUGAAGGCGGUUCAAUGGUGGACUGAGUUUCACAGCAAGCGGGCAUUUGGCACCGACCCGCUGUCGUUCAAUCGGGAGAUGUUCCUAAUCCUGGAGAGACUUCGCAAAAUCCCUUCCGUUCAACUGAUGCAGCUACAACAGGAUCAGUAUGAAUCAGCGACCGAGUACCACGAGCGUGCGCGGAAAGCCAUGAUGCAGCUUGACGCGAACGCACUUGCAGGAUCCGAAGCGGGUGUUGCACCGCCGGCCAUACAGUACUACGUAUCUGGUAUACGGGACAAGGAUAUUAGGUCCGAGGUUGAACGCUUUGUUCUUGCUACUGGUACCAAGAAUUUGAGAGCAGUAGCCCGAAGACACAAAAGCCUGCACCUCGCCGCUGACUACGUGAGAGCUCUCGAGAAGGGAGACCUCUACGGCGAUGACGAUACUGAGGCCAUCAAACAAUACGUUGGAUUUCUCCGUUGCGAUUUUGUACAAACGAGCAACCCCAACGAGUUCGAUUUCGGUCUGCCUCUCCAUGAUGCCAUGAUCGCGGUCUAUGACAGGAUCCUACAGUUACCUAAUCCAUCCGCUUUGGCACCCAACCAGCCCAAAGACCGUUAUCAUGACAAGUUGGAGUUUCCACAGAAAGGGGUAGGGGUCCAAUGUGACAUCAACUUCUCUGCCGACUUGGCUCUUCAGAACAGCCUAUUGCUACGCUGCUACGCUGCUACCGACCCCCGAGUUAGACCGAUGGUUCUUUUCGUCAAACAUUGGGCCAAGGCCCGAGGUAUAAACACGCCAUAUCGAGGUACUCUAAGCAGCUAUGGCUACGUGUUGAUGGUACUGCACUAUCUUGUCAACAUUGCCCAUCCGUUUGUCUGCCCGAACCUACAGGUUCUCGCCCCUCCCGAUCCUGAUUUACCGCCCGAGGUAUUGGAAGGCAUCGUGACUUGCAAGGGCCGAAAUGUUCGCUUCUGGCGAGAUGAGCAGGAGAUUAGGCGCCUUUCGCACGAUGGCGUGCUGAACAACAACCAAGAGUCCCUUGGGUCUCUUCUGCGCGGCUUCUUCGAGUACUUUGCCCAGAACAACAUGAUGAGCACCAUUCAGAAGAGGGGAUUUGACUGGGGGAGGGAUGUCCUAAGUCUCAGAACACCCGGUGGUCUCCUCACGAAACAAGACAAAGAUUGGGUGCAGGCGAAGACAACUAGGCAAUCUCAAGCAGGCGCUCCUCCUACGCCGACAGAUGUUGAGCUGCUUAAAAGUUCGAAGUCGCCUGCUGGGACAGGGGAAUCGCUGUCAACCAACCCUGAUCUCUUACCGGAACAGCCAACCACUCCGAAUACGCUGACAAAACCGCUGGAGAAACCCGCCAAACCAGUGGAACUGAAAGAGGUGCGACACCGCUUUCUUUUCGCCCUCGAGGAUCCCUUUGAGCAUGAACACAACGUGGCGCGCACAGUCACACACAACGGCAUUGUCUCUAUCAGGGACGAAUUUCGGAGAGCUUGGCGGAUCAUCAAAGCCGCAGGCAAAACUGCUGUUCAGGAAGAUUUGCUUGAGGAUACCAAGAUGCACGCCGAAAUACUCGAGAGGCAACAGUUCGUUAAUCUCUUAACGGAUAUCCAUGGCCUUCAACCGUUGAACCCUGACAGAUAG